CAACUUAGCUAAGUAGAUAGCAUCAGAGCAUCUAGCCGUUGAAAUUUUAAAUCCUUGUUGUAAUUAAGGACCCCCGUGGAAUGACCCAAACGCCCCGGCAUUUCAAAUCUCCAAACCGCGAUUACGUCAACUUUUAUACAUUCUUUGAACACCCUUUUCCUUACAUCCAUUUUUUCAAAUCAAAAACUCGUCACAGCAACAACAGAGCGAGAGUGAGAGAGUGAGUGAAUGAAUAACUUUGGAUCUAUGUUGAAAUUGAACGCUCCAGUUCAAUCUCAAAUCCCUAGCAGCAACAACUCACUGAACUCAGAUUGAAGCAACUUAACACAAACCAAAGCAAAAUUCAGCACUCUUCAAAUUCGUCGCUUCGGAAUCUUCUUCUGCAACAACUCCUUCAGAAUGCUGAGGGAUUUCAAGCUCCCACGCCGAAACGCUAGCAAACACGAAGAGCCGGAGAAUGUAGAUCCUUAUGAUUCAUCCACCACAAUUCAGAGGCACGCGGAAGGUUCUAGACAUCCGUUGAAUACAAUUCAAGAGCCUGAUGCGCAUUGCGAAAGCAAGAUUGAGAAGACUCCUUCGAAGAGAGGAAGAGGAGGAGCUGAGCUUCGCACGCCGGAUAAGCACGGCGGAGGGAGCAUGCUUGUGAAGCACCGGUUCGGGUGGAAUCACAAGCACGAAGGAGUUUCGUCGUUCGGUGAUGACAGGAGAGCAUCUGGUGUUGGGAAUGUGACUCCUCGCGUGCCUCGCACCGUGGGGAGAGCUUCUUCGAGUGUUGCUGCUUGUUCCGAGAGCAACUCCACUCAGAGCACUCCGAAUAAGAGUGUGACUAAGCCACCCCCGAGCUCGAGUGUUCGGAGCAAGGCGGAUGGGGGAGGCUUCAGUGCUCGUUUGGGGAAUUAUGCUGCAUUGUAUAAAGGGGUUCCCAGUUCGGCUUGCUCCAUGCCCACGGUUGUUAACACGGUCGAAGUGCCUCACUUUGAUCUCAAGGAAGAUUCUUCAUUUUGGAUUAAUCACAAUGUACAGGUUAUUAUUCGUGUUCGUCCUCUCAAUAGCAUGGAGCGAUGCACACAAGGGUAUAACAGAUGCCUGAAGCAAGAAGGCUCUCAGAGCAUUACUUGGAUUGGGCAACCAGAGAACCGGUUCACCUUUGACCAUGUUGCAUGUGAAACCAUAGACCAGGAAAUGAUUUUCAGAUUGGCUGGUCUUCCAAUGGUAGAGAACUGCCUUUCAGGAUAUAAUAGCUGUAUGUUUGCGUAUGGACAGACAGGAAGUGGGAAAACAUAUACAAUGCUCGGUGACAUUGAAGAUUUAGAUGUGAUGCCUAGUCCUCAUCGUGGAAUGACACCGCGUAUAUUUGAGUUUUUGUUUGCCAGGAUCCAAGCUGAAGAGGAAAGCCGAAGAGAUGAGAACUUAAAAUACAACUGCAAGUGUUCCUUCUUGGAGAUUUACAAUGAACAAAUUACAGAUCUACUUGAUCCCUCCUCUACUAAUUUGCUACUGCGUGAGGAUGUCAAGAAGGGUGUUUAUGUUGAAAAUUUAUCCGAGUUCGAGGUUCAAAGUGUGAGUGACAUAAUAAGGCUUCUAAUUCAGGGUUCUGCAAAUAGAAAAGUUGCAGCAACAAAUAUGAAUAGAGAGAGCAGUAGGUCCCAUAGUGUUUUUACAUGUGUAAUUGAGAGCACAUGGGAAAAGGAUUCUACAACUAAUUAUCGUUUUGCAAGGUUAAACCUGGUUGAUCUAGCUGGCUCAGAAAGACAGAAGACUUCUGGUGCUGAGGGGGAGCGUUUAAAAGAAGCAGCUAACAUCAAUAAAUCAUUAUCUACCUUGGGUCAUGUUAUUAUGAUACUAGUGGAUGUGGCAAAUGGGAAGCAGAGGCAUGUACCUUACAGAGACUCCAGACUAACGUUUCUUCUUCAGGACUCUCUUGGCGGAAACUCGAAAACAAUGAUCAUUGCCAAUGUCAGCCCUUCUAUCUGCUGUGCUGCUGAAACAUUGAACACACUUAAAUUUGCUCAGAGAGCAAAACUUAUUCAAAAUAAUGCUGUGGUGAAUGAAGAUUCUACUGGGGAUGUAAUUGCUUUACAGCAUCAAAUUCGGCUUUUGAAGGAAGAGCUUUCUACCCUCAAACGACGGCAGAAUGUCUCUAGGUCUUUGUCAUUUUCUUUGUCAUCUAUCAGAGAUAUAAAACAAUCACUAGAACUAGAAGACUGUUGCCUAGAAAAUGCAACCGACGUGGUUGAUCAACAUGAAGAAAACAUGCCUGAUUAUGAAUCCAAGGGCAUCAGAAUGUCCCACAAACAGUUAAAAUCAUUGGAGACAACUCUUGCCGGUGCUUUGAGAAGGGAACAGAUUGCAGAAAUUUCUAUUAAGCAACUAGAAGCUGAAAUUGAACAAUUAAACUGUUUGGUUCGUCAAAGAGAGGAGGACACUAGGAGUUGCAAAAUGAUGCUUAGGUUUCGUGAUGACAAAAUUCAUAGAUUGGAGUCCCGACUUGCUGGUUCCAUUCCUAUGGACACAUUUUUGCAGGAAGAGAAUAAAGCACUUUCUGAUGAGAUUCGAAUACUUCAGAGCAAACUUGAUCGAAAUCCUGAAGUCACCCGGUUUGCUGUAGAGAAUAUCAGGCUUCUAGACCAACUUAGAAGAUAUCAAGAGUUUUAUGAAGAAGGGGAGAGAGAGAUUCUAUUGACUGAAGUGUCUUCUUUGAGGGAACAGUUGCUUCAAUAUCAUGGAAGAAACUCCAUACAGGCUAAUUCAAAUUGUGACAUUCAACCUCAGGAAGCUCAGUGCUGCAAUAAAGAAAAUAACCCUACUGAUCUAGAGCUAAUAAACACCCUUGAUGAGUUAGAGGAAUGCAGGCGUAAUUUAAAUUAUUGCUUAGAGGAGAAUGCAAAACUCAAUAGGGAAAUAGAUUCUCUUCACUCAAUGUUAAGCAGCACAAAUGCUACAAAGGUUUCUACCAAAGGACCAUUUUGUGAAGCUCAGGCAGUUUCACAGAUGGGGGUCAAGCUUGAAACUCAUAUGUUACAACACACAGAUGAUAUUUUAAAUUUGCAGUUGGAAUUGGAUAUAAUAAAGGUCAUUCUGAAGGAAGAGAGGUCUUUCCGUGGCAUAUUGGAGGAGCAAAAAACAUACUUAAAUCAGGAUUUUUUGAUGGCAAAAGACAAGAUUGAGCAGACAAGCAAACAGUUAGAAGAUGCAAAAUCUAUCAUUGAAGCUCUAGAAUCACAGCAAAUAUUAUCUAUCAAAGAAAUAGAAGAGAUGAGGAACAAGAACAGCCAUUAUAUGGAGCUUAUGGGGAAGCAAGAGCAUGAAAUCAUGACCUUGAAGAACCAACUUGCAUCUAAAGAGUUUAGAGAUAAUUUGCUUUCAAAUUAUACAGAGUUUGAAAACAAGUCCCCCUUACAGGCAAAAUUCAGAAGGAUGCAUGAAUCUCUUGAAAAGGCCAAGCAACUGAACAUGUCAUACCAAAGUGAUCGUGCAUUCCAGAUAUCCACUGAGGAAGAGAGGGAUGAAAUCCGUCGGCAAGCCGAGGCUGAAACUGUUGAGGUGAUUGUCUGUAUGCAAGAAGAACUUGCCCUGCUCCAGCAUCAAGUAAAUGAUAGUCGUUUGAAGGAAACAGAAAUGAAAGAGAGUAUGCUGCAUCUGGAAACUGAAUUGAAGGAGUUGCAGAAAAAAUUGCUUACUACUAUUGAUGAUAAUCAAAGUUUAAGGGAGGAGCUUGGCCAGAAAGAUGUAGAACUCAUAUCACUGGCUGAAGAAUGGGAGCUGUUAACCUCUGAGAUUGAAGAGGUUCUUCUUGAUGGAUGUGAGGCAAUAGUUGAUGCCUCUGAGGAACUUGGGAAUAUAAGGAAUUCAUUUCCACAGAAAAGGAUCUGGAUUUCUGAACAAGUUGGCAUGAUAGUUAGAAAAAUUUCUGAGAAGGAAUUAUUGAUUGAUGAACUUAGAAGAUGUUUGGAAGAUGCAAGCAAUAAAGGAAGUGAUAUGGAGUGUAUGCUGAAGUCCUUAAGAAGUGCAGCAUUAGUCAUUACCAAAUCCCACCAGAGGGAGUGUGCUGAAAAAGAAAAAGAAAUUCUCCUAUUGACCUCACAGCUGAGUGAAAAAACAUCUAGUGAGGCACAGCUGAAGGAGCAUUUGAUAAUGGCAGAAGAUCAUAUCAGAAAAGCAUCAAAUUGUGCAACUGUGGCUUUUGUAGUUGUGAAUAGAUUGUCAGAAGUGAAUCUUGGUUACCUUGAUGAUCUAAAGCAUAAGGAUAUUCUGCUUAGUGAAUUAGCAGAAACUGGUAAUAGGAAGGAUAUCCUUCUCAGUGACCAAUCCACUUCAUUUGUUCAAGCAGAGAGACAGAUAACUGAGUUGCAGGAAAGAUGUAAUGAAUUAUGGCAGAAGCUGUCUGAGGAGCAAGAGCAUUCUUGUGCUUUGGAACAAAAGCUUGAAGAUAUUGAAAAGAAUUCCAUUUCAAAGACAAGGGAGCAGCUAGUGACAUUGCAAGAUGGUGUCUCUUCAAUCAGAUCAUGCAUGGCUUCUUUUGCAGACCAUUCAGGAAGUCUUGAUAAUAGAAAUUCAUUGGAUGCAUGCACAUCAGACUAUGAUGAUAUUGGUGAACCAAGGCAGACAAGUUCUGAAACACAUCAAAAUAGUGAUUCAGAUCCCCUUUCUGUUGAAGAACCCAUAGUUGACCUGGCUGACUUACACUUGGUCAAAAGUGGAUAUGAUACGAAAGACCUGAAAUCAAAAAAUGUUGGCAAGGAUGUGCGUGAAAGAGAUGCUACUAUUAGGCUUUUGAGAAAAGAAAUAGAGUGUGCUCUUGAAAGCUUAAAAGAAGUGCAAUAUGAGAUGGCCAGAUUACAUGAAGAAAAAAAAGAGAUGUCCAUGUCUGAAAAGAAGAAUCAGCAAAGCAUAGAGUGCCUCACAAAUCAGAUACUUUUCCUGCAAGAAGCUAUGAAUGACUUUGAGGAGCAAUCUAAAGUCAAGAUUGAUGUACUCUGUCACAGAGUUAGAGACCUGGAGAAACUUCUGAAGGAAGCUAGCUCCCAUUGGUAUAAAAGGAAAGAGUCACUUGAACUUGAAGUUGGAGAGGCAAAGAUCAUUCAAGCUCAGAAAGCUCAAGAGGCAUCUUGUAUUCUUGCUAAAUUCGAAGAAGCACAAGAUAUGAUGAGAGAAGCAGAUAUUAUGAUCAAUGGAUUGGUGAUAGCUAACGAGUCAAUGAAGAUUGAUAUAGAAAGACUCAAAGACAGAGAAACGACUUUACUCAAUGAGAAGGUUACAUUAGUCAGCAAUAUUGAAAGCUUACAAACUGUUGUUGAUUUGAAGCAUAAGGAGAUAGAGGACCUUGUUGAAUCGAGUCUAGUAGAAACAAGGGAUCUAAUUGUUACGUUGGAUGAUGUCAUUAAAGACGUCCAAUUGAUGAUGACAGAAAAUUUCAAGUCUUUAGCUUGUGAUUUAGAGUGCUUGAAGUCUCAAUGUUUAUAUUCCACUAAAUUGAUACAGCCAUGGCUUGAGAAGAUAUGGUCAGAGAUAGUUUUUAAAGAUUGUGCUAUGUCUGUGCUACAUCUUUGUCACAUGGGUAUUUUACUGGAAACAGUAACGGGGAUGCAUGCAGAAAAUGGUUUGCUUUCACACGGCUUGUGUGAAUCAAACUCUGUCAUAAGUGAUUUGAAGGAACAUAAUUAUAGGACAAAGCAAGAGCUUGAUAUGUGCAGAAUCUUGAAAGGGAAACUGCUGGCUGACAUCAAGAACAGUUUUGAUUGCAUUAAUAAGAAAGAAGUUGAAGCUGGAGAGAUCACCAUCAAGCUAAAUACUUUUUCUAAAAACAUAUCAGACCUACAGCUUCAAGAGGAGAUAAUGCUGCUAAGGUCGAAUGAAAUGGGAUCCCAACUUGCUAAACUGAUGAGGGAAUUGGAUGUGAGUAAUACAGAUAUUGUGACAUCCCUUUUAGAUCAAGAGAAACUAGUGAAACAGAAAGUAGAGGCCAUAGAAUCUGAGGCUGAAUUUUUUAUGGCAGAUUGGUAUGCCAAAGACUUUGAAUCACUUAUCCAUGCUUCUGAAUUGAAAAAUAUGUCAUGUAAUAUAGCUAAUAUGGAGGAGCAUUAUGUCAACUACUCCUUAUUAAUUGAGCAACUGAAGAAAGAAACAAUCUUUUCCCAAGUAGAAAACGAGUUAGCAGAACAAAUUUUGAUAGAUAAGGAAGUUGAAGUUUCCCUUUUAGAAAGAGAAGUUCAGCAGGCAAAAGUGGAAAGGAAGGACCUAGUAACAGAAUUAAACCGGAAUGUCUUAAGGAUUACAGAGAUGGGUGAAGUAAACAAGGUCCUUGAACAAAAUAUUGAGUUUCUAAAGGAUGUUACUUGUUCUAAUAAUGCAUUGAAGGGUGAACUUAUCGAAGCUAACAAGGAAAAGAAAAGACUGCUGGAUAGGAUUCUUGAUCUGGAAGCUGAUUGUGAUAAAUUACUUGGUGAUGUCAUAGAGAAGGAUGUGACUUCUGAAUUUUCUUUCCAACAGGUUUAUUUUCUCGAACAUCAAAAAACAGAGUUAAAGAAAGUAAACUAUAUGUUGGAAAAUUCAUCUUGCGGACUGAAGAAUGAGCUGAACCUAAAGGAUUCAGAGUUAACUAGAAUGCAGAGCUUUCUGGAGGUCGAGUUAUCCAGAAAGGAUGAUGUAAUAAAAGGACUGUUGUAUGAUCUGAGCUUAUUACAGGAAUCUGCAUCCAACAAUAAAGACCAAAAAGAUGAAAAUGAAAAAAUUGUGGCUACAAUGGAGGCAUUAGAAACGGAGCUAGCUGUUAAAUCAGGUGAACUUGCUGACGUUGUUGCAAACUGUCAAUCGCUUGAAGCUCAGUUGCAGGACAAAACAGUCAUAGUUACAGCUCUUGAGUUGGAUCUCUCAAAAGAGCGUGAGGCUCUAAAGUUGCAAGUCAGUGAAAAUAAAAAACUUGCAACUCAUAUUGAAGGCGCCUUGGCAGCGAGACAACUGGCUGACAAUGAGAUAACAGAAAGAAUGAAGUUAACAGAGAGCUUAGAAAAUGCAAUGCUGGAAAUGAACAGUGUUAUUAGCCAAAUGAACAGUGAUCUGGAUGAACUCACUAACGAGAGGGAUCAGCUUCAGGGUCAAGUAAUUUGCCUCAAAAACAGGCUUGAAAAAGCUGAAGCACAAGCUGAAGCUAAUGAAGCAAUUGCUCAAGAAGCUCAGAAGGUGGCAGAAUCAAGACAAAUUUAUGCUGAAGACAGGGAAGAAGAGGUGAAACUUCUAGCAAGAUCAGUUGAAGAGCUGGAAAGUACUGUAAAUGUACUAGAAAACCAAGUUGACAUCCUUAAAGGAGAAGCAGAACGACAGCGGCUGCAAAGAGAAGAUCUAGAGUUGGAGCUACAUGCAUUAAAAGAUCAGAUGCAAAAUGUCAGAAAUGUUGAUGGUGACAUGAGAAGAUUUUUGGAUGAAAAAGAGAAAAGCCUCAAUGAAGCCCUAAAUCACAUACAGGUUCUUAAGAGGGAGUUAGCAGGAAAGGAUGCAGAGAUUCAACGAAUGAAAGCUCAUAUUUCAGAGCUAAAUUUGCAUUCUGAAGCACAGGCCUUGGAGUACAAGCAGAAAUUCAAAGCAUUGGAAGCCAUGGCUGAGCAAGUCAAACCUGAGGGCCUUUCUAGUCAUUCCACCAGUGCUAAUUCCCACAAUGCAUUGUCAAACAAGUCUGAGAAGAAUGCCACCAAGUCUCGAGGUUCUAGUUCUCCUUUCAAAUGCAUUGGGCUGGGCUUGUCGCAACAGGUAAAAUAUGAGAAGGUUGAAGAGCUGUCUGCUGCAAGACUGCACAUUGAAGAACUAGAAGCCCAGGCAGCAUGUCGACAGAGAGAGAUAUUUGCACUGAAUGCCAAAUUAGCAUCUGCUGAGAGCAUGACACAUGAUGUAAUUCGAGACUUACUUGGAGUAAAGUUGGAUAUGACCUCUUAUGCGUCACUAAUUGAUGAUGAGAAAGCGGAGGAGAUUACAGAGAAAGUUAAAUUUCUUACUCUGGAACCUCAAGACAAGGAGGUUAUUAAGCUAAAGAAGCAGCUGAAUGAAUUCAUUGAAGAGAGACAAGGAUGGCUGCAAGAAAUGGAUAGAAAACAAGCGGAAUUGGUAGCUGUACAAAUUGAAUUGGAAAACCUUCGGCAGCGAGACCAGUUACUAAAGACAGAAAAUGAAAUGCUGAAGAUGGAAAAUGCAAGUAAGAAGAAUAAAGUUGUGGAACUGGAGGAAGAAAUUAAAAAGUUGUCUGGUCAGCAAAACCUUCAGCAGCGUAUUCAUCACCAUGCUAAAAUUAAGGAGGAGAAUAACAAGUUAAAGAUACAGAACGAAGAACUCAGCGCAAAGCUCCGGAAGUCAGAGAUCUUCCAGUCGCGUGUCAAAGAAGACCUUGCACGUCUUCGUGCUUCUGCUGGCGUGAAAACAAGCAUUAAUUUUGACGAGGAACAACGUCUGAUGAUAAAGCUGAAGGAGAUCGAGGAAGAGAAAGUACAAUUAGCCCAGCAAUUACUGAGAUUGUCCACUAAUGUUCUAAAGGUGGCUGGAAUAGUAAGACCAAUAUCAGAUGUAAAUCCUUCUAUGGCUGAGGAAGCCCUACAGGACCUAAAGAAUAGGAUAACAACUCUGGAAAUGGAACAAGAAGAUUUGAAGUUUAAGAAUAAAAUUAUUAAGGAAAAGAUUCGAUUAUCCGAGCUCAUGCCACAAGCUUCUUCUCCUUUGAACCCUAGAUCUGAGGAGAAUCGUAUGACUCCACCAAGGGCAUCCCUGGCUCCAUUCCUUUCCAGUUUUGAUCGAUAAUGAAGCGUGUUAUUGUAUUUUGUUGUGUUUAGCCAUUCAUGUUAUAUUCUUUAAUUUACCUGUAAAUAACAUUUAUGUAGUCUACGUUGUAAAUAAUCUUUAUGCACAAUUUUCGGAAAGCUAUUUAAAGAGAAAUUAUUUAUCAAGAUAUUCAGUAUAUUUGAUGAUGUAUUAAAUAGUUUUAA